GUUUAGGCCUCUCCUACAUACUGUUUGGACUCAUGCAAUUUUUGACACUGACAGCGCUCAUAUUGGACCACACCACAGUCACCACUCCUACUAGCCAAAGUGAAUGCGACGAGAUAAUGUUCAGCCACUGACUGUAAGCGGGUGGUGACUUGUGUGUACUGGAAGUGGAUUUGGGGGGAAGCUGAUACCGUAUUCGGUUUCCCCCGUUUCGAGGAAAUGGAGAUUACGGCGGAGGCUGAAGCCGAGGAACGCAGGUGAGGGACUGGGUGGGGAAUCGGCUAACCAAGCUAGCUGUUGAUGUUUGCUAGCUAGCUAGCUUAGCUGGCUAGCUCGUUGGUUAACUAACUUGCUACAUUAAGGUUGUUCACGAUUGAAAACAAGUCUGAAUUGGCCAAUGAACUUCAAAUGUUGUCCUCAGUUUCAUGCCAUAUCCAAUAAUGUCCAUGACAAUAUUUAUUUGCUAACUAGUAACUAGCGUUAACUAGUUUGUUGACUAAAUUAGCUAUCGUUAGCUAGCUAGCUUGAGUUAGCAUUAUUAGCUAGACGUUAGCUUAAUAAGUAACUAGCUAGCAAACUGGAAGGAAGUGCAAUUUUGGUAUGGCUAAUUCCUUGUAUGACAGGUGCUGUACAAGAGGGGUAUUUAUAGAGUUCACCGGGCGUUAGCCAGGUGCCCCGCUCUGUCCCGCGGCGAAAUCGGCUGAAAACAAAAGUGGGAUAUUUAAACACGUAUAGUAAUGAGUAGGAUUCUGCAUUUUCCCAUAGAAAAGCGAUUGCUUUUGAUUUAAAAAUUUGAAAUCUUUAUCUCCUUCCCAAUGAAAACUAGUUUGAAAAUUCUAACAUUUAUUUUAUACAACAAGAGUUGUGUGUUUCUGGAUGAUUCACUAUGCUGUCUUGUUGACAACAUGACGGAGAGGUGCAGAUUACUGUUCGAUUUAAGAAGGGCGAUCCUCCUUUCCUGUUUUGGCCUGAUGAUGUGACUGGCCAUAUCACGGUGUACGCCGGGCCAGAUUAAUCUAACGCCUCAGUGAUCGAGAUACGGUACUGUAGGUGAGUGUCAACAUGACAUGGGCACUUUGGGGUGGACCCACCGGUUUCAAUCAAUGAGAGAAUAUUUCAAAUAGAUAAAAUGGCGACGUACAUAUUGUUGGAUUACUUCAUGGACCAAAAUGUUUAUUUAUUUUAAUAACGGAGCAUCUUCUAAAUUCAAACGCACCACCUGCAACUGGACACAUACAUUUUAGAAGAUACAUGUUUGGCCGAGUCAAGAACGAAGAUAGUAUCGCCAAGUUAAGGUUGGUAGAAAAUGAUCUCAAUCUGUGCUACACUAAACAGUACCUUACCUGUAACUCUCAUUAAUGGAUACCAAAAAACGUUGGUUAAAUCACUGUCUGGUAUAACACUCUAUAAUCACUGACAGACUCCUUCAGUAGUCAUGAAACAGUGGCACACACUUCAGUUGGUUCAUCCUUAACCCCCUUUCUUCCAACCCUGUAACCUGACUGAGCCCUGGAUUUUUUAGGCCUAAUUUCUGUCAUACUUUGCUGCAGAUUUGAGUAAUGUUUAGUUUUUCAUAGGAUACUUUUUACAAGGAAACUAGAUCUUCCUAAAAUCUUCCUUCUGGUAUUGUUCUUCAUUGUUCCUCAUUACUCAAGACUAUCCUCCCAAGUGUGUGUGGGAGAGUGUGUGUCAGCAUUGAGUUCCAGCUAGCUGCUGACUUGAGGAAAAAGGAGGAAGUCCUGGAUAUGAGCUUGCACUUUGUCUGUUGGUCAAAGGGAUUUCGGCUCAGCCUGAUUUUAUUUUCUCACCAUCAAAUAGGCUACUUUAAGGCAUAUAUAUUCACUUUUGAUUCUGCUGCUCUUUCAAUGCAAGUGGAAAGUGAUACACAGUUCUAUUCACUCACCCAGAUCUGUUAACUCUUUGUACUCAAUACUGUUGUUUUAAAGAGUUUGCCAUUAGCCUAUGUCCAUUGGAUGUUGUAGCCCACAUCACCUUUACCUAGGCUAUAUAGGCUAGGCCUAGUGUCUUACCUACAGUGCAUUCGGAAAGUAUUCAGACCCCUUGACUUUUUCCACAUUUUGUUACAUUACAGCCUUAUUCUAAAAUUGAUUAAAUUGUUUUUGUUCCUCAUCAAUCUACACACAUUACCCUAUAAUGACAAAGCAAAAGCAGGUUUUUAGAAAUGUUUGCUUAUUUAUAAAAAAUAAAAACCUGAAAGAUGAUAUUUACAUAAGUAUUCAGACCCUUUACUCAGUACAUUGUUGAAGCACCUUUGGCAGCGGUUACAGCCUCCAAGUCUUCUUGGGUAUGACACUACAAGCUUGGCACACCUGUAUUUGGGGAGUUUCUCCCAUUCUUCUCUGCAGAUCCUCUCAAGCUCUUUCAGGUUGGAUGGGGAGUGUCACUGCACAGCUAUUUUCAGGUCUCCCCAGAGAUGUUAGAUCAGGUUCAAGUUCAGGCUCUGGCUGGACCACUCAAGGACAUUCAGAGACUUCUCCCGAAGCCACACCUGCGUUGGCUUGGCUGUGUGCUCAGUCUGAGGUCCUAAGCGCUCUGGAGCAGGUUUUCAUCAAGGAUCUCUCUGUACUUUGCGCCGUUCAUCUUUGCCUCGAUCUUGACUAGUCUCCCAGUUCCUGCCGCUGAAAAACAUCCCCACAGUAUAAUGCUGCCACCACCAUGCUUCACUGUAGGGAUGGUGCCAGGUUUCCUCCAGACGUGACGCUUGGCAUUCAGGCCAAAGAGAUCAAUCUUGGUUUCAUCAGACCAGAGAAUCUUGUUUCUCAUGGUCUGAGACUCUUUAGGUACCUUUUGGCAAACUCCAAACGGGCUGUCAUGUGCCGUUUACUGAGGAGUGGCUUCCGUCUGGCCACUCUACCAUAAAGGCCUGAUUGGUGGAGUUCUGCAGAGAUGGUUGUCCUUCUGGAAGUUUCUCCCAUCUCCACAGAGGAACUCUAGAGCUCUGUCAGAGUGACCAUCGGGUUCUUGGUCACCUCCCUGACCAAGGCCCUUCUCCCCCGAUUGCUCAAUUUGGCCGGGCGGCCAGCUCUAGGAAGAGUCUUGGUGGUUCCAAACUUCUUCCAUUUAAGAAUGAUGGACACCACUGUGUUCUUGGGGACCUUCAAUGCUGCAGACAUUUUUUGGUACCCUUCCCCAGAUCUGUGCCUCGACACAAUCCUGUCUCUGAGCGCUACGGACAAUUCCUUCGACCUCAUGGCAUGGUUUUUGCUCUGACAUGCACUGUCAACUGCGGGACCUUAUAUAGACAGGUGUGUGCCUUUCCAAAUCAUGUCCAAUCAAUUGAAUUUACCACAGGUAGACUCCAAUCAAGUUGUAGAAACAUCUCAAGGAUGAUCAAUGGAAACAGGGUGCACCUGAGCUCAAUUUCGAGUCUCAUAGCAAAGGGUCUGAAUACUUAUGUAAAUAAGGUAUUUACGUUUUUUAUCUUUAAUAAAUGUGCAAACAGUUCUAAAAACCUGUUUUUCCUUUGUCAUUAUGGGGUAUUGUGUGUAGAUUGCUGAAAAAAAUAAAUAUUUAAUCCAUUUUAGAAUAAGGCUGUAACGUAACAAAAUGUGGAAAAAGUCAAGGGGUCUGAAUACUUUCCGAAGGCACUGUAUGCUCUGCACAGUCACACUGUUGUACCGAAGAUAUUCAACUACUACUUCCUCAACCACUAAGAAACACUUCUUUGCUAAUAAAAACUAGGCUACAGUAACAGUAUUAAAGACUUCCCCGGGAUGCAUUUCUGUUGCACCAUUUAGGACACUAUAUGUCUAUGGUCUCAGUAUACUUUAGAAUACUUAGCCUUUAUCUACUUAGCCUAGUACAAUGCAUUUCAUUGGGUGCUGUAUAUGCAGUGCACAGCCAUUAGUUUGUAGUCACCAUGGUUCAUUCGCAGUCAUUGCACUGUAGUUUGUUUGUUAUGGCAGAAUCUUACUGUGUGAUGUCUUGUCAGUCAGUCAGUCAAUGCUGGUUUUCAUUUUUCUGCUCAACUGUCUACUCUUGAAUGUUUGGGUGAGGCGCAAGUUCAGUCAAGCCUAUACCUACCUCUUCACUCUUUUCCUCCCUUCCCUCCAUUCUCUCUCUCCCUCCUCCCUCUCUCCUCCCUCUUUCCAGGCGGGAACACUGGAAGCUGCUCUCCAGUCUGAAGACCACGGUGGAGGGCCUGGUGUCCACCAACAACCCUAACGUAUGGUCUCGCUACGGUGGUCUGCAGCGGCUGCACAAGGACAUGAACCAUAUCCUCAGCCACGGCCUCAAGCACGAGCAGGUCAGUCCUCAGGAACAACUACUCUUUUACUUACUCUUAACUCUUUUACACUAUCAUUUGUACUUUUGAAAAAGGUAAUAAUAAGGCCUUAUUAUUUGGCUGUUUUUCAGCCUCUUUAUUUAAAUGCACUUAUAUUGUUGCUCUGGAUAAGAGCAUCUGCUAAAUGGGAGUUCAGCGUUUGUUCCCUGCACUUUCUUUGAGGCUGCUGAGAAUGAACAUUUCAUUAUUCUACUGCUUCUUCUCUGAAUCUGUUUUAUGACAUUCUGUUUUUAUCCUGUCCUGGUAACCCAAAUGUAUGAUGAAUAGGGAAAAACUGGUACAAAUAUGGUAAUAACAGCACAUUGUGGCCUUUAAUCGGCCAUAAGUAGGACAAUACCAUUGUACUGUAGUAAACGCCGGUUUUGUGUUGCAGGUGUACUACAAGCAGAAAGACUACUGGCCCUUUGUGUGGUGUGUCCGCUACAUCAGCCCUCACCUGGCCUCACAUGUAGAACAGGUAUUGUACUCUAGCAAUCUACCCUGAUGUUAUUCAUGCCUAUCUCUUUACAAUGAUUAUUCAUCCCGUGUAUAUGAUGGGGGAGCCAGUACAGUUUGUUGUGACCACAGAGAUUGGCUGCGUCCCAAAUGGCACCCUAUUCCCUACAUAGUGGACUACUUUUGACCAGAGCCUAGUGCUGAGCAAUUAGUGCUUUUUGAGGUCGGUUCGGUUCAGUCUCGGUUAUAAAAAAAGAAUCACGGUUUUCGAUUUCGUGUUCAAUAUUUUUUUUUAAACAUCAAAUGCAUUAUAGAAUAAUGACAAAUUAUCUUGGAGCUUUUUUAAUGGAAAUCCCAAAGCCAAAAAUAGUGAACAUUCAAUUGCUAAAACAUUGAAAACAUCCCAUUGUCUUUGUCAGGUCCACAUUGGCUAGACAUCAAUAUAAAAAUAGGAUAUGACUAUGAAAUAAAAUAUUUUGGUUGUGUAUAUUACUUAGCUUUUAUUUAAUAAUUUUUCAUUCUUUAAAGGUGCACUAUGCAGAAAUCGCUCUGCCAUUUCCCGGUUGCUAAAAUUCUAAUAGUUCACCUAAUUUUAGUUUGUGACAAAACAAGUAUAGAGAAUCAUUGUACCAUCUAAACCGCUUUCAAAUAUCUUUUCCAUAACCAAAAAUAUUGUAUUUUCAGCUGUUUGAAGCUGGUGUACAAAACCGAAAGUAAAAGACGCAAAAACAAAACUUAAGAUUGGGAAGCAUAGAAGUAGCGCACAUAGAACAAAUUUCCCGCUUCUUGCUGCUUUAAAGUAAUCUCAUCUCUGCUCAAGCAGUAGCAGCCAGACAACAUUUCUACAUUUACAUUUUAGGCAUUUAGCAGACGCUCUUAUCCAGAGCGACUUACAGUUAGUGAGUGCAUACAUUUUCAUACUGGCCCCCCGUGGGAAACGAACCCACAACCCUGGCGUUGCAAGCGCCAUGCUCUACCAACUGAGCUACACGGGGCCCUACUGCCAUCUAACAUUAUCUCUGUGCUCCCCAUAGUAGCUGCCUAAUUAUUCUGCAGAGCUGUCUGACAAAAUCAUUUGACUAGUUCUUCAAAGUACGUAAGGCAUACGUUCAAGACUGCUUAUUACCAACUACAACUAUCAAUCGUGUUGAGCUACCUCACGAACUGUCUCUAUCCCUCUCAUCUUUGUGUUGUUUACAUUCCUCUUUGUGUUGUUUACAUUCCUCUCUCAUGUGGUCUGUGUGUAGGCUAUCAGUCUCCAUCGAGCCGGGAAGAACAUGCACAAUGGAUUAUGGUCAUUGUAGUUAAUUACCACGUUUCUUUGCUGAACUAGGUUGAAUGUUUGCCUAAUGAAAACUACUCCCUUCAGCUCCCUUCAGCCCUGCAUCCCAGAAAGAAAGUUCUUGACUUAAUUUAUCUUGUGAAUUAUUUGAUUUCUUUCUAGAGAAACAGCGCAUUGAGCUCACAAAAAAAUUAACUAAAUGGAAUUUAAGCAAUUGAACUGAUGUUUUUAAUUUUUUAUAAAGACCUUUUUACAUCAGCAGAUGUCACAAAGUGCUUAUACAGAAACCCAGCCUAAAACCCCAAACAGCAAGCAAUGCAGAUGUAGAAGCACGGUGGCUAGGAAAAACUCCCUAGAAGGCAGGAACCUAGGAAGAAACCUAGAGAGGAACCAGGCACUGAGGGGUGGCCAGUCCUCUUCUGGCUGUGUCGGGUGGAGAUUAUAACAGUACAUGUGUGAAUUUAAGUAUGCUCCCUCUAAUUCUCUCUCUCUGUUCUGAUUGUUCUUCAAGAUGUUCAAAAAUUGACCAGCAGGGGCAAAUUGACCAGCAGGGUCAAAUUAAUAAUCACAGUGGUUGUAGAGGGUGCAACAGGUCAGCACCUCGGGAGUAAAUGUCAGUUGGCUUUUCAUAGCCGAGCAUUCAGAGGUCAAGACAGCUGGUGCUGUAGAGAGGGAGAGUCGAAAACAGCAGGUCCGGGACAAGGUAGCACGUCCGGUGAACAGGUCAGGGUUCCAUAGCCACAGGCAGAACAGUUGUAACUGGAGCAGCAGCACGACCAGGUGGACUGGGGACAGCCAGGAGUCAUCAGGCCAGGUAGUCCUGAGGCAUGGUCCUAGGGCUCUGGUCCUCCGGGAGGGGAGGGAGGGAGGGAGAGAGAGAGAGAAUUAGAGGGAGCAUACUUAAAUUCACACAGGACACCAGAUAAGACAGGAGAAUUACACUAGAUAUAACAGACCUAGCCCCCCGGCACAUAGACUAUUGCCCUCUGAGCCCUGGUCAAAAGUAGGGUACUAAGAGGGGUCGCGUUAACGCAGAAUUAUGUGUAUUUCACACAAUUAAAAUAUAUAUAUAAUGCAUAAGAAAUAUCUUCCUGCGUUCUGUAAAUGCAGAUCUAAAGUGAUUCUUAUUGGAAUUUCUGAUUGGCAUCAGACACAUUUUGUGCUUCAGUUGCACUUCUCCACUCAGAUGAGAGAACCAGCAUUCUAUCAGUAGACAGCACUCUGACUGAUGUGUAGCUACUUUUCCUUCGGUACUUUUCUCAGUGUAGCCUGCCUACUUUUCUCUGGUAAAAUGAAAGAUUAACUUGAAGCAAAACUUUAGGAAAUGUAGCUGACUACAUUCUUUCUAUGAUAACAUUAGAAAUAUGAUGGCCAUGCAUCAUUUAGCAAAAAAUACCUUGCCUUUUCAUUGUAAGCUCAUUUACUUGUGUGGUUGCCAGCCAAAUAGCGUUGCACUUCUGUUGUCAUCAGUUGAAAAUAAAGCUAUUUUCUGCCAAAUGUGUUGCACUAAUGUAUUUUCUUUGAAAGAAAACUGUAGUUGCACUCCCCUGCUCACUCUAUACAUUUUGUAAAACUAUUAACAUUCAAUAUAAAAUCCAGGUGAAAUGGUUUAAAACGUAGAUUUUUGCAAGGUCUGCGUUUUGAAAAUGCAGAUUUCUGAACUCUAACGCGACCCUUACUAUAUAGGGAAUAGGGUGCCAUUUGGGAGGCAAAAAUUGUUUUAUCUAUAUGGUUGUGACAACAAUACAGUGAUUAGCCAUUGUGUAGCCUAAUGAUAAGUAGUGGUUCUAAGUUGAUGCUAAACCUGAGCUUAAUGGUAGGCUGGCUCACAGUUGACAAUGAGUUAAAAAGAGGCAAGGAUAAGCUUUAGUGAAUGAAUAAACAUAUAACUUUCACUCAGUAACCUUUGCACUCUUACCAGGGUAAUGCUUCAUCAACACCCUUCUCACAUGCUACUGUUGUGAAAGCCCAAUGCCCUUUAACCUUUUAGCCCCUGACCUCUUUCCCCUCUUUGUUGAUGAGCUAAUGUUUUUUUGUGGAAAUCUGCUGUAUCUUCACAAAACACUCUUGAUGAUCUCAGCUACCCCCUGUUACAUUAACAUAGACGGCACAAACAGAUCUGGGGGGGGGGCAGCCAGCCAGCCAGCCAGCCAGCCAGCCAGCCACAUGUUCACCUGUUAUAUUUAAUGGUAAUCUCUCACCAUCUCUUCUCCCUAUCUCUUUCUGUAUUUUUCCUCACCCUUCCCCUCCCAUCACUCCCCCUCGCCCUCUCCCCUUCGCCCUCUCCCCCUCACUCUCUCUCCCAUACACUCCUCCUUCUAUUUCCCCUAUCCCUCCCCCCUCCGCUCUCUUUCUCUCACUCUACCCUCACCUCUCUCCCUCUCUCUCCCUCCCCUUUCUGGACCCUGUAGUUCAGUAAGCUGGAGCCCGUGCUGAGCAGUGGUAUGCAGAGUGUUGGGGAAGGCUACAAGGCAGAGCGCUGGCUAUUGCACAGCCUUCAGGUCCACCUGCUCUCCGCCCAGCUCAGACCCCUGCUCAAACACCAGGGACACACGCGCAAGUACUACAACGGUAAGGCUGCGUGUGAGUGUGUGUGCCCCGGCCAAACCAAGACCACUGUAGUUAAGUUUGUAGAUUUGAUGAAGGAAUUAUGUAAUUAGGGCUGGCACAGUAAUUGUAUGAUCGUGUAACCGUCGAUUCUGGAUGAAAAUAAAAUAACCUUUGUAACACUUGUUGUUUUUUGCUAUACAAACGAUUAUAACGGUGACUGUGGUCAUUUUACUGAGAAAAAAAAAAGUCAUCCAAAAGUCCAUGACCAUCACAGCCCUAGACGUAAUCAAUGUUUUGGGCCUGUGAUAUCGAUUGGACUAUAUCUGUGGUAUUUCCUUGUCCUAUUGACCUUCCCUUCUCGCUCGCUCUCCCUCUCUCUCUGUCUCUCUCUUUUUCUGUCUCAGAGGAGGCCUUUCUCCUGAAAGAGCCCCAUGUGACGGCCAUGUUUCAGUAUCUGGAGGCCGUGGAGCAGAACAACCCCCGUUUGCUGGCACUCGUCGACACAGUCAGGGUGGGCACCUCUCACGCACACACACACACACACACACACACACACACACACACACACACACACACACAGUUGAGCACCACACACCAAUCAUACUCUCUCUCUGUCUGUACAUGUUAAUGUCUGAAGUUCCUGUCCCUGAUAUCCACUUCAGCAUUAGUGGCUGAUCUCGCUCCCUCCAUCUCUCUAUUUGUCUUCUCUUUUCCGAUACCUCUCAACCAUGCCUGACACAUAAAUUGUGUCUCUUGCCAUGUUGUUUUGGGUUUUUUCUUUCCCCAUGUUUUUACUAUAACUUUUUCCUAUACCUAAGGUUCUGUGCCUGUGUUGAUCUCUUACCAUCUAUCUUACUGUACCGCUCUUUCACUCUCUAAUUUGUCUCUAAUCCUCCCCCUCUGUUUUUCUCUUUCUUUCUCAGCUGUCCACUCUGAAGGGCCCUCAGUGCGUGGGGGGCCUGUUGAAGAGCCAGAGUCUGUGUGUGCUGCCUGGGGCCGGAGGAGGCUGGAGGGCCGGGCUGGGCAAGGGCCAGGGGCCCCCUAGGGAAGAGCUCAACCGCAGGCUCACCACCUCCCAGUGUUCCCUCCCCCACCAAGACAGAGGACAUACACUGAACAGCAUAAACACAGGGGUCAUCUCAGAGAGGAACUCAGGUGAGGAGAGAGUGAUGGGAGGGGUGGAGGGAGGAUAGGAGAGCGAGAGAGACAGGCUCACCGCCCCCAGUGCUCCCACCGAGACGAAGGACACACACCCAGCAAUAACACAGGGGUCAUCUCAGAGGGUAACUCGUGUCAGGUGAGGAAAUAGGGAGCUGAGGGAGGUUAGCGAUGGGAGAAAAGGAAGAAUGUAAGGUGAGGGAUGGGAAUGAGGGUGUGAGAGUGGGAAAGAGAAAGUGGUACCCAACACUGACACCACUACGGUCGGCCACAUUAGAGAGCAACACAGGUCAGGAGAGAGGGGUAGGAAGGAGAGAUGGAGGGAUUAGGGUAGGGAGUGAGAACAUGGGACAAAGAGCAACACCAACACAGAUCAGGAGAUAUUGGGUGUUGGAGGAAAGCAAAGGGAUUGAGUGUAAGGAAGGCAGACCAGAAAGAAAGGGGAGGAGUAAUAAAUGAAACAGAUUAAAGCAGGGAAUUAAGUAGAGGUGGAUGAACCGUACAGUAGGUUAUAGUUUCAGAAGGAGGAGUGGGAAGAUUGGGAGACGGAGGGAGGGAGCGGUAGAUUCUGAGAAGGAGAGGAGCAGCAUUGUGAAUGGAGGUUAGGCAGGACGUGCCUCGUGUUAUCGCAUUAUCAUUUCAAAAGGUCAAUGUCCACAAUAAGUCACAAUAGCUGAAACAUUCAGAAGGUUGAAGAUAGAAUUGGGAAGUAUAGAAGUGACACUGAGAAUUAUGUCUGCUCUGUUAUGUUACAGUUUUAGUUGAAAGUCUCAGAAAAUGUCAACCACCUUAUAUAAGCGGCUUCCCCUGAUGCCUAAAUUCCCUAGUAUCUGCUUUUGAGUUCACCGAGUCUACACCGACAUGAUUGUGUAAGGAAAUGCGAUUUGAAUAAAGCAUUGAAGAAGUUUCUUCGAACAAUCAGUCUAACUGAAACUCUCUUCUUGUUCCCCCUCUACAGACACUAUUCCAUCAGCCAGCGCCCCGGGAGCCCCCUGGGGGUGCGUGUCAGGGUCAGGGGGGGAAGGCGAGCGGGGCGUGACUCCUCCUCCCGGCCCCUUGGCAGCUGUCCCCCGCAUCGCCCUGACCGAGCCUGCCUCUCCAGGCCCUGUCCACUCCGACACCCUAGACUCCGGCGAGGGCGACGACGGCCCAGAGUACCUGGCCAUCGGUAACCUGGGGCAACGCUGCAAUCGGCGUGAAUCCCAGAACUCCACCCCCGGCCACGAGCCCAGCAGCGAGCCUAGCGGCGGUGGCGAAUUAGGUGGCGAGGUUCCGGUCCAGCCCCCUAGGCGGAGCUCCCUGGCUGUGGUCCCGCCCUCUGCUCCCCGAAGGUCAUCCUUCUCGGAGGGACAGAGGGGGCAGGGUCGGGGGGGCAGCAGGGGGCACAUCCGCUCGAUGUCUGACACGGGGAUCAACCACAAACAUAGACAUGGUGAGCAUGUGUGUUUGCUUGUACAGCAGGUGAGAGGCUAGGGUAUGUUUGCUGAGCAUGAGUGCAAGCCAAUAAGUGUAUGUUUUAAUUUCAAAUAAGUCAUUCAAAUGUGUUUGCAUGCAGCAGGUGAAUGGCUGCAAGACUAGUGUUUGUAUAAGAGUGUGUGUAUGCAGCAGGUUAGCGCCUGGGAGAGAGAGAGAGAGCUUGCGCGUGUGUGUGUGUGUGUGUGUGUGUGUGGGGGUGUGUAGGUGUAGGUGCAGUGUUAUGCGACAUGGACCACAUCCAGCACAUUUGUCUUUCUCUGAUGCUCGGUUGCCAGUUGCCACAGUGCUUUUUCCUUUUCCUCUAUUUUCUCACUGCUAACCUCUCUCUCUCUCUCUCUCUCUCUCUCUCUCUGCGUGAAGGAGGGGGCCACAGGAAAAUCACCAUUAUAAUAGAGGACCCUGUAGCAGGUUGGCAGUGCAGUUCUUCUGUGCUCCAUCUCUCCCUCUCUCAUCCCCCUUUCCCUGCAUGAUAAUUCCCUACUUCCCCUUCUCUUAUCUCUGGCCUUGCUUUUGGUUCCUCAUUUGUGCUGUUCUUGGUUGCUGUUUUGGUUGUUGUUUGGUUGGUUUUAGGUCAAACCAAGGUCACUCAAGACCCUAGGCCUUUGGUUAAAGUUUGGCUAGUUUUAGGUCCAACCAAAAUGAAGACCCUAGGCCAAAACAGCUUGCCAUGUUCAUUAAUUGUGUUGGUUAAGGUUUGAAUCCACGCUACUUUCAUUACAUUGUGACGUUUUGAUGUUGUUUUUUUGGUCAUUCAGUGAAUGCAUCAUGAUUUUACUAUACAUUUUUACGAAUGUUUCCAUUUCUCUGUUUUUGAUUUCUAAGGUCAGUAUAACUUUAAUUUAUUAGUUGCUAAUGUGGUCAGAAACACUGUCAGCAAUCAUAAGCUUAUCAUCACAAUAUUCGCCUUGGAUUUGCAGUGGAGAGGAGACCAUAGUACUUCAUAUUUGAUAGAUUUUUCAUUGAUACAUUUACUUUCGAUACAUCCUUUGUGGGUGUCUGACUGAGCAUAUCUCAACAUGGAUAUUAAAGUUGAAAUCUCAAGACUACUACGACACUGUUCAGUUAAGUCUGUUUCUGCUUUAGCCAACUUUAGCACAAAUGUUGAAUACAGAAAAAAUCUGGUAACCAGGCUAGUUGGCCCUUGAUGAUAAGACACUGAUCUUUCUUCAUUUUUGUGGUCAAUCUAACGUCUGCUGUGUGUUCUGUUUGUCAGAAUCGUUGGUUGGAGAGGACUGCUGUGUGAAGGCCUACAGCCCCUUCUGCCCUGUCAUCAGUGAUGUCAGCACACCCAGCUCCCUCUAUUUGGAGUCAAGUGAGUACACUGGUUCAAACAUAAUAACUACCUAGCUGGCAAAAGAAUAUGAAUUGUCACUAUCCAUCACCUUACCUGAGGUAUAUAUUCCUGUGACACCAAUACCUUCAACAUACAGUGUUUGAGGCUUGUGUCUUUACUGAAAGUGUGUGUGUGUCUCUGCAUGUGUGUGUGGUCUCUCUGCAGAUGGCUCCCAGUACAGCGGUAUUCCAGACGGCAUGUUCCGGAAGCCGUCAGAGGGCCAGAGCCUCAUCAGCUACCUGUCGGAGCAGGACUUCGGCAGCUGUGCUGACCUGGAGAAGGUGAGCCUGGGGAGGGUUCAUAAUCCCACAUCAUCUGACCCCUGACCUUUGAGUGAUUAGAAUCUAAUGUCUAAACAUUCCAAUUCUCCCGAAGUCCUUUUAAAGGAAGUGUAUGAGUGCACACUAAGGACAGAAUAAGCAACAUGGUCGAAGAAUGUACUGGUUGGCAAGGAGGAUGGGUUUCUUUGAUGAAAUCAAUAAUCUAAUACGAUUGGAUUGGUAUCAUUUAAGAGACCCUUACUCUGUUAAAUCAAUCAUAACUUCCUUUUGAAAGUGUUACAGCAAGGCCUCACUCUCCCCCCGCUUAUCUGCAUGUCUCAUUCCAGGAGAAUGCCCACUUCAGCAUCUCUGAGUCUCUUAUUGCCGCCAUCGAGCUGAUGAAGUGCAACCUGCGGCGGCGGCGGGAGGAGGAGGAGGAUGGCGAUGACAGCGACUCAGAGAUCCAGCAGUUAAAACAGAAGAUCCGCCUGCGCAGGCUGCAGAUCCGACGCAGCUGCCUGCCGCUCUCGCAGCACUGUAAGAGCUUACGCAUGGCCGGACAUACACUUGCACGGGUGCAUGCACACGCACACACACACACACAAACACACACAACGACUCCCAAAUUAGUCCCCAUGUCAUCGCUUUGCUGGUAUUGAUUUUAACCCUGUCUCCCUUCCUCCAGUGUUCCACUCCACAGACAGCGGAGGCUCCCGCAGGAGCUCCCAGGAUUCCUUUCACAUGUCCGACUCGGGCUCUGCCGAGGAGGUGGAGGAGUGCGAGCUGAGAGGUAGAGAGAGGGAACGUUAGGAAGGAUGAGUGUGGACUUGGAGGGAGGGAGGGAAGAGGUUUACAUUAUACACAUAUCAUGCAAGCUUUGUGGGAAGUGGUGUCAUUUUUAGUUUGUGUGCCAUUUUUAGUUUGUGUGCCAUAAGUUCACAACCUCAUUGUCAUGUGCCCCAUAUCAUUCAUCCACCCACCAAGGCUGGAAACAUCUCCCAUUUUUAAUGGUAGUCAUUAACAUUGCUCUCUCGACUGUUGGGGCAAGGUAGCUAGGUCGUUGGUAAAUGUGUUGGCAGGGUAGAUAGGUGUGUGUGUGUGUGUGUUUGCCUGUGUGUUUCUAAAAGUAGCCUUCAUGCAUGUGUGUGACUACGUCCUCCUGUUUAUGUGUGGGUAUAGACAGUACUACUGUGUGUAGUUAUACAGUGCAUUUGGAAAGUACUCAGACCCCUUGACUUUUUCCACAUUUUGUUACGUUACAGCCUUAUUCUGAAAUUAAUUACAUAAAAUUUUUUUGUCAUCAAUCUACACACAACACCCCAUAAUGACAAAGCAAAAACAGGUUUUUAUAAAUGUUUGCAAAUGUAUUAAAAAUAAAAAACAGAAAUACCUUAUUUAAGUAGUCAGACUCUUUGCUAUGAGACUCGAAAUUGAGCUCAGGUGCAUCUUGUUUCCAUUGAUCAUCCUUGAUGUUUCUACAACUUGAUUGUAGAAAUUUACCUGUGGUAAAUUCAAUUGAUUGGACAAGAUUUGGAAAGGCACACACCUGUCUAUAUAAGGUCCCACGAUUGACAGUGCAUGUCAGUGCAAAAACCAAGCCAUGAGGUCGAAGGAAUUGUCCAUAGAGCUCCGAGACAGGAUUGUGUCGAGGCACAGAUCUGGGGAAGGGUACCAAAAAAUGUCUGCAGCAUUGAAGGUCUCCAAGAACACAGUGGCCUCCAUCAUUCUUAAAUGGAAGAAGUUUGGAACCACCAAGACUCUUCCUAGAGCCUGGCCUAACUGAGCAAUCGGGGGAGAAGGACCUCUGGUCAGGGAGGGUGACCAAGAACCCAAUGGUGACUCUGACAGAGCUCCAGAGUUCCUCUGUGGAGAUGGGAGAAACUUUCAGAAGGACAACCAUCUCUGCAGCACUCCACCAAUCAGGCUUUUGUGGUACAGUGGCCAGACGGAAGCCACUCCUCAAUAAAAGGCACAUGACAGCCCGCUUGGGGUUUGCCAAAAGGCACCUAAAGACUCAGACCAUGAGAAACAAUUCUCUGGUCUGAUGAAACCAAGAUUGAACUCUUUGGCCUGAAUGCCAAGUGUCACAUCUGGUGGAAACCUGGCACCAUCCCAACGGUGAAGCAUGGUGGUGGCAGCAUCAUGCUGUGGGGAUGUUUUUCAGCGGCAGGGACUGGAAGACUAGUCAGGAUCGAGGGAAAGCUGAAUGGAGCAAAGUACAGAGAGAUCCUUAAUGAAAAUCUGCUCCAGAGCGCUCAGGACCUCGGACUGGGGUGAAGGUUCACCUUCCAACAGGACAACGACCCUAAGCACACAGCCAAGACAAUGCAGCAGUGGCUUCAGCACAAGUCUCUGAAUGUCCUUGAGUGGCCCAGCCAGAGCCCGGACUUGAACCCGAUCGAACAUCUCUGGAGAGACCUGAAAAUAGCUGUGCAGCGACGCCAAAUACAGGUGUGCCAAGCUUGUAGCGUCAUACCCAAGAAGACUCGGCUGUAAUCGCUGCCAAAGGUGCUUCAACAAAGUACUGAGUAAAGAGUCUGAAUACUUAUGUAAAUGUGAUAUUUCCGGGGGGGUUUGCUGUUUUUGCCUAGUCAUUAUGGGGUAUUGUGUGUAGAUUGAUGAGGAACAAAAACAAUUUAAUCAAUUUUAGAAUAAGGCUGUAACGUAACAAAAUUUGGAAAAAGUCAAGAGGUGUGAAUACUUUCCGAAUGCACUGUAUAUAGUAUAUGUGGUGUGGGGCCAAUGCUGAGUGUAGUCUCUGUCUCUCAGAUGGCUGUGAGGGCCAGUCCCUGAUGGAUGUGUCAAGGAGCGGCCUCUCGCUGUCGCUCGCCUCGCUCUUCUCAGGUAUCUGGGCUGGUGGGGAGGGACAAGAGACAGGGCUAGGGGUGCAGGGGAGCUAUGGAUGUGGAAGGCUGGACAAAUGUAGCUGGAUUCCAUGGCUCUUUCUCAAUGAAUCUUUCUGCGAUUCCUCCCAUCCUAUCUCUUCAGCUCCUUCUCAACUGUAUUGAAGGAGAAGAUUCGAGGUCCUAUUGAAGGAGAAGAUUCAAGGUCCCUCCCCUCUGAACUUCUUCUCCAAUGUGUUUUGAGGAGGAGGCGUGGAGAGGAAGCGAGGAAUUUUGGAGAGAUGAAUUGAGGAAGAGCCCUUACCAAAAAAUGUAUUUCCCUUUACUUUCUUUUUUUGAGUGAUUGAUGUUCACGGUUAGCGUCAUAUACCUUUUUCUUUGAGCUUUCAUUUUAAUUUGGUAUAAUUUCUACCAGAUUGCUGCCCAUUGGUACCUAGUCAUUUAAGAGGUUUUCAGUUUGGAAUCCAGCUAGAUGCUGGCCUGGCUUGUGUGCUUUAUAUUGCCUUUGCUGCUCCAGGGUUAGGGAGACCGGCGAUGAGUGUGAGUGUAUGUACAUCUAUGGUUUGAUGGGGGUUAGGGUCUUCAGUAGACUAGUAUAUUUGCUGGCAGCAGUGUAUAGCUACUGCUGCUAUUGGUCAUUCAUUCCAUUCCAUUCAUUCAUUCCUUCAUUCAUUCAUCCAUCCAUCGAUUCACUCAACAAUUAAUUUAGGCUUUCUGUGUGCAUGAGAUGGCAUCACUGAUGCACAUCCAGUGGUGUUAGUACUCAACACGGUCUCACUGCUUUUGAGUUCCCACUAGAAACAGGAACUACUUAAUAUUAAUUCCACCUUGCCAAGUUUCCCAUUUCUAUCGUGCUGCAGUGGUAGCAAUGAAAUAGUCUGGCUUGCAUUAAAAGAAACAUCAGAUAUUACACGUGAGACUAGAUUUAACGGCUUAACAAUGAACUGCAAACAAAAUUACUCCCACCAAAUGUUAUUAUAUAUAAGUAUAGCUAUUGAUAAGAUUAUAAUUAAUUUGUGUGAGAUGCUGCUGCAUGGUAUGCUUUCAUAAGACAAAGGACACUUGCUGAAUAUGUCCUCAUUUGUUGCAGCCUAAAAUUCUAAUCUAGCAUCCCUUUGGCAUAUUGUUGUUUUGAAUCUUGCCAGAAGGGCUUUGGAUUUGCAUCGACUGCACAAACCCACAUAUGAACGUAUUUUGAAAUAGACAAAACAUAGUUUUAGACUGAACCCCUGGACUAUAUUGGUCAGAAACUGGGUUGCAGUUGUACAAUGCAGUUGUGGAUUUGAGAUUGGGCCAUUGUCUGCUGGCCUGCCUGUCAAUGACAUAUAUUGAAUAUGCUAGUUCUUUCAUCCCCUAGCCUAGUGAUCCAUAAUAGCCUAGUUUCCAUUAGAUUUUCCCGAGGCUUAUAGCUCUUUAUCAGAUUCAUGUUCUUCGAAAUCCCUCAUGUUUUCAACUAGCCAAGGCUUUCUGGCUCCAACGUCCCAUAAUAUUCCACCCGAAAUCUCUCACCAGCAGCACACUAAUAUGACUCCUUUUAAAAGUCCCUAUGUGAACUCUCUGCCACACAUUUAAUGUCUGAUGCUUUUGUGCCUUCUCUAGGACUUGUCAUAUCUAAGACACAUUUUUUUUCUCCUGAAACACCACCCUCAAAUUUUAGCUGUACAUGUUUUUCUUUGUGAUAGUAGUGUGAUUGAUGUGCUUUAAAAGAACUGAGCCUAACCUCUCUCUCUCUCAUACAGAUGCAGACAUAAAGCGCAGUGUGACUUCCAGUGGCCGCUCAUUCCUCAGCUCAGAGUCUAUGUAAUAACUGCCCCCCCCCCCCCCCCCCCCCCCCCACACACACACACACACACACACACUCUAGCCUUAUAGAUGUAGGCCCAGUCCCAAAUUGACCCUAUGCCCUAGACACUUUGCCCUAUGCACUUGAGAUUUGAUAGGAAGUUUCGUAACAGCACCAAUUGCCCUCUGAUAGGAUAGGAUAAGUCUCGUCUAACAUCUCCACAAGUGUAUAGAGCAUUGUGUCUAGAGGUGGAUUUGGCCAUUGUCUGCUGAUCUGCCUGUCCAUGUCAAUGACAUAUAGGUCAUAUGCUAGUUCUUUCAUCCCCUGAUCCUAGUGAUCCAUAAUAGGCUAGUCCCCUGUAGCUCAGUUGGUAGAGCAUGGUUCGUUUCCCACGGGGGGCCAGUAUGAAAAUGUAUGCACUCACUAACUGUAAGUCGCUCUGGAUAAGAGCGUCUGCUAAAUGACUAAAAUGUAAAAUGUAGCUUCCACAAAUUUUCCCCAGGGCUUAUAGCUCUUUACCAGAUUCAGGAUCCUCAACCUCUCAUGUUUUCAACUAGCCAAGGCUUGCUGACUCCAACAUCCCAUAAUUUUCCACCUGAAAUCUAUCACCAAUAUUGAAUAUUUUGACAUUGAUUGCACGUGUGAAUCUCCUGCAUCUCACCUUGGCCACACCCUUUCUCCCAUUGGCCCAAUGAAGAAUGGUAGUCCGUGGAGUGGGCCGGACUAUAGACAGAAUGUUUAGGUUUCGAUCAAGCCCAUAUCAAGCACAGAGGUAACAGUAGAAAAAGAAAAGGCAUGGUAGUUAAAAUUAGGCUAUUGUUCACGGUAGUUGAAAUUAGUCUAUUGUUCGCGGUAGUUGAAAUUAAGCGAUUGUUCAUGGUAGGCUACUUGGAAACUAUGCUGUCAUUUGCGGUAGUUGAAAUUAGGCUGUUCGCGGUAGUUGAAAAAAAAAGGCUAUUGUUUGUGGUAGUUGAAAUUUGAUUAUUGUUCGUAGUAGUUGAAAUUAGGCUAUUGUUUGUGUUAGUAGAAAUUAGACCAUUGUUUGUGUUAGUGUGGCUAUAUUUUGCAGUAGUGGAAAUGUGUUUGGGAUAUGCUUCUUUACUCUUCCUACUAUCACUUUCUCUCUCUCUCUCUCUACUCAGCUCUCCGUCGUUCCUCCAGUCUAACUCGGCUGAGUCGGUGGCCAUGGGGCUGCUCAGGCAGUUUGAAGGCAUGCAGCUCCCCGCAGCCUCGGAGCUCGACUGGCUGGUCCCAGAGCAAGACGCACCGCAGAAGGUACUCUCACACAGACACACACACGCAGACACAUACAUGCGUGUAUAAACACACACACACACACACACACACACAAUAUCCCCCACACAUACACUCACACAAACUAACCUGUAUUCUCCCUCUACCCUUCAGCUCCUGCCCAUCCCUGACUCCCUGCCCAUCUCUCCUGAUGAUGGAGAGCAUGCUGACAUCUACAAGCUGAGGAUCCGGGUGCGAGGGAACCUAGAGUGGGCACCGCCCCGACCCCAGAUCAUCUUCAACAUCCACCCCGCGCCCAAGUGAGUCCUUAACACACACACACAGUGACUUCUCACUAUUCUCUGUCUCUCUCCCCCUUCUUGUUUGCCUCUCCCUCUUUUUGUUUGCCUGUCUGUCGCUCUAACCCUCCUAUAUCUCUCUGACUGUCUCCCUCUAUUUUUGUUACUCUGCUUGUCUGUCUGUCUCUAACCAUCCUCUCUCCCCCUUUUUCUCUCCAUCAGGAGGAAAAUAGUUGUGGCGAAGCAGAACUACCGCUGUGCAGGCUGUGGGACUCGCAUAGACCCAGGUAUAAACCACAUUGAAGACCCCCCACUCCCCCUCCAAAACACAACCACCCAUGUUAUCCUUAUCCCACGGUGGUCAUUUUGUGUCAAACCUCACCCCUGCCUCACUCUGUUACCUCUACUCCCCUUCACCGGACAGACUACAUUAAGCGAAUGCGCUACUGCGAGUACCUGGGCCGCUACUUCUGCCAGUGUUGCCACGAGAACGCCCAGGCAGUGGUGCCGGGCCGCGUGCUGAGGAAGUGGGACUUCAGCAAGUACUACGUUAGCAACUUCGCCCGGGACCUGCUGGGCAAGAUCGCCGGAGACCCCCUGUUCAACCCCAACGACAUCAACAGUGGACUCUACAAGAAGAACAAAGCCCUGGAGACUGUCCGGGUGAGAGGACUGGACCUGAGCCUGGUUUAGUUUGGAUUAGUCUAGUUUGAUGCCUAUCUUAUCUUUUAGGUUUGGUUUGUUAGGUUUUACAGUAUUUUAUUUUACUUUAGUUUAGCCUACUUUAGUUUAGCCCACUCAUACUAGAAAGAAAAUGUGUUCCGGUUAUGGGUUGUGGUUUGAAAUGUGUUCUAUGAACUAAGUGCAUUUUCCUACUAUUCUUCAGGUUUUGAGGGUCCAACUCUUCCACAUGAAAAACCUCUUCAAGACAUGCCGCCUAUCUAAAGAGUAAGUUGUGUGCGUGCAUGUGUGUGCCUCCUCCUGCAAUGAAUGGUAUUGUUGGUAUGAGACAGUCCCUUUCCUUUACAUGUGUUACAUGCCUCCUAAAAUAUUCUUCCUGUAAUGAACUGUGCUAUUGCUAUGAGACGACACUGUGUCUGCACUGUCAGGUAAAUUAUUGCAGUAAUGGAUGGUAUUGCUGGUAGGAGUUCCCCUCACGUGUGUCUUUGCGUUUGACCCCAUAGCGUGCUGGACCAGUUUGACAGCCUCCCAGGUCACCUGACUGAGGACCUGCACCUGUUCUCCCUCAACGACCUCAGUGCUGUGCGCAACGGAGAGCUGGCCACCCGGCUUCGAGAGCUGCUGAAAUUGGGUUCUAUGCACGUGGCUGGCUGUGUGGUGAGAAUGCGUUGAAUUAUCCUGAACUACAUACUCUUCCUGUAAUAGAGACAUUCAUUUUUAUACUGUGAUGUACAUUUUGAAUUGUCAUUCUAUACAAUAGCAAAUAUGAGUCAAAUGACAAUUUGCGCCAUGUGUUACAGUGGACUUGAGGGUGUCAUAAAGUGACAUUUCCAUUCUCAGUGCAUCCCCUCAAUGUCAAUGUCUUAAUUUCCUCUCUCUCCCUCUUUGUCUCUCACAGCUGUGUCAGGCCAAGGGUUUCGUGUGUGAGUUCUGCGGCAACGACAAAGACAUCAUCUUCCCCUUUGAGCUGAACAAGUGCACGCGCUGCGAAGGUGAGCCCCCCCGUAUCCAGAUUGUCAUACCUUCAUACUGACCUUGUGCCAUCCCAGGAUAUUCGGUAAUACCAGCACGCUAUUUUCAAUCCAAAGGUUAGCAAUGCUAAUAAGUAUAUGUAAAAUCCCAUAGUGAAUGCUAGCUAAAUGCUAACGAAUGCAUGCAAACAUUUUAUACAGUCUCUGACAAACUAUUUGCAGGACAGACAUCCCAGCACAUAAAGUUCUACAAGUAACUAAAAAAUGCUACUCACAGUUUAGCUGACAAACAUUUAGUUGUGAAUUCCAUAUUGUAACUAGAUCACCUGGCGCGUGCUGCACAACAGUCAGUGGGACUCAUGAGGUUCUGUUCUCUCACCGUGACUGGACUACCUGUAAGCUUCAUACUGAAAAAUUAUACGACCGGUGACAUGAAGAACACCUAAAAAAAGAAAUGAAGAACGCAAUCUGCUUUAUCUCCUAACGUAUUGCACAAGUUGACUGCAGAUAUUUACUUAAAAAGUAGCUACAAAUAUUAAAUAAAUAGUUUCAGUGCUAUUGAUGGUAUUGAUAAACCAUCCCGUGACUAUUUCCAAAUACCCCGCUAUACGGUAUAUACGGUAUACCGCUCAAGCCUAAUCCCAAGACAGGAGAGAGGGAGUGGGAGGAGGGGAAAAGAGUGAGGAAAGGGAAGCUAGUAGUGAGGGAGCAGAUGACCAAAACAAAGGGACUGGAGAGGGAGAAGAGGAGGGAGAGACAGGAGAGGAGUCUGAGAAGGGGAGAGGAGGAUGUUAUUCAAAGCUAUCAAACAGGGAAGUCUGGUCAAGGCAUUUUGAAUUAAAGGAAGGGAGGAAGAUGAGGAGGAGAUAAGAGAAGAAGAAACCGAGACGGGGACAGGAGUGAAUGAGGAAGGAAAGCAUGAAACUGAGGAGGUGGAGGACAAAGAAAUUGAGUAGAGGCCAGGCCUUAAAUAUGGCAGAAACAAUCGGGCCUGGGUAGGGUAGGGCCUGAAUGUCGUGGGCAUGGUUAUGACUCGGGUUUAAAAUUCAUGCACGUGCAGGGCUCUUAAUAAGGAUAUGGGCCUAUUUCAUAUGUAUGUAAUGGCAGGAUGAAUUGGAGUGAUCAAAGGUGUUUUUUUUCUUUUGUGCGCCUACCUGUUCACAUUAUUAUUUAAGCCUCAACUUCUCUGUGUGAAUGUAAAAUAAACACAUUUGUGAAUUUCAGUUGCUUUGUCAUUUCAUUAUCAAGGGGACAAUAUAUUCAUUUGAAAAUGUAGUAAUAAAUAUGUACAAUUGAAGCUUCCACACAGGUGUUAUCUGAAAUGGUUCAGUCACACAUUCAUAGCUUUAGAAGCUGUAUGUCUCUUUUGGGAAUAGGCUUCUCAUUGUGGUUGUGUCUGAACUGGUUUGAGUGGUGCACUGACUCUUUGCAAGUUUCUCUGCAUUUUACCACUCCUCUCCUCCCUUCUGCCUUGCCACCCCGCCUCACCUCUUCUUUUAUAGUCCCAUGUCACCCCUCCCCCUUGCUUCAGAGACUAUCAUUGGCUAUUCUGCCGUGACAUCACAGCACCUCAGUCCUCUUCCCAUUGUGAACAAUGUUGUCAAACCGGUUAUUAGUGUUGUGGGAGCACUCCCCCAUGUUUGCUUAGAGCUGGUUAACAGGUGAGUUAUGGGGUGGAACAUCCCUCUAGGGAAUUAGGAUGUUGUCCAUAUAUCUUCAUGCGUCUUUCUUCUACACAUCGACAAAACAAUGUAUUUUUGAACAGGACUCCACCCAUGUUUGUGUGUCUGUAUCUUUUAUAUAGCGUUUCAGUGUGGUUGCUUUUGCAUUGACAUUUCUCUCUUGUGUUGUCUUGUCUUUCAGAGUGCAACGCGUGUUUCCACAGCAAAUGUUUCCAGGCAGGCAAGGAGUGCCCGCGAUGCCAGCGCCUGGCAGAGAGGCGGGAGAGGAUGGCACGCAAGAACAUGGAGGAGCAGGAGGAUAAGGAGGAGGACGAGGGAGGCGGGAGCUAGGAUGACGAACUGAGAAACAAAGGAGCGAGGACUGGAAAAGAAAGACGGGGGAAAAACGAGAACACAACAAUGAUUUUAGUGACUGACAGUGACCCUUAUUCUUUCAACUCCUCCCGCCAUCCCUCUCUUUUCCCUGAAAUUGCAGCUUCUGGCUACUGGACGAGCUCUGAUGAUUUUGUUUUUCGGUAGCUUUAGUGAAAGAUGAGAUUUUUUCCUUCUUCACCCAAACUGACAGGAUACUUUAUUUUGUUUUUUGAACGCAUUGUCAAUAUGCUAAAUAGCAUAUUAUAUUAAUAUAUUGGCUUUAUUUUUCUGCUUUUAUGGUUUGCUGCUCUGAUUCCAAGUGCAGAUAUCAUAAUAUGAUAGUCCUGCCAUGUACAGUAUGUAAAGAAGUGAUCAUUUUUAAAUAGAACAAGGUAGGUAGAAGUACUGAAAUGUAAGUACUUAUUACUCUAACUCCAUCCCAUUUUAUGCUAUUUUAGCCAAGCCUAUGUGCCUCUGUCACCAAUGUUCUUGUACUGGCAGAGCUAGUGCCCCAUUGGUUGUUUAAGAGAAGUUGGAAUGACAAGUCUUUAGAGGAGGUCUCUCAAUCAGUGUUGCACAGAGUUGUGAAUAUUUUAAGACGAGGCAGUGGAGACGGCAUGUUUGUGCUGCUUUAUGUGUGCGUGUGUGAGAGAUGUAUGCGUGUGUGCAUCUACUAAAAAGGCGUGUGAGCGGAAGUACUAUGGAGUGUGUGUGUGUGUGUGUGU